AUGUCUACGGUCCCACACCCCCUGUCCGAUCUCUCUGCCCAGGAGUCCAAUGCUGCCAGAGAUGUAGUCCUGAGGCUGCAUCCCGGCGCCGUCAUUGACUUUCGGGCCAUCUAUCUGCUGGAGCCCAACAAGGCUGAUGUGCUCAAGUUCUUGAGCCUUGAGCACGCGGGCAAGGUGACGGCCGAUACCCCUCGCCCUGUCCGUCUUGCCCAAGUCAAGUACGAUGUCAUCGGGGGCUCGGAACCCACGCAAUACCACGAGUCUGUCAUCAAUGUCGCAACAGCCGAAAGGGUCAAGCACACGGUUGUGGGCCAAGAACACCAUGCCAGUCUGUCCAUUUAUGAAUUCGAGAGGGUAGUAGAGGUUGUCAAGAACUCCAAAGUCUUCCAGGAGAAGCUCAAGUCCAUCGAGCUGCCCGAAGGAUUCGAGCUAGUCGUGGAGCCCUGGCCGUAUGGAGGGCCCGACGAGGCCGACGGCCAGACUCGACUCUUCCAAGCCCUGUGCUUCGGUCGAGACACGAGAAGCGGGAACCCAGACUCCAAUUUUUACGCGUACCCAUUGCCCUUCAUCCCCAUUGUAGACGCGAGGAAGAAGGAAGUGAUUCGUAUUGACCAGCCCGCAACGGGCGGCAAAGGCGACGCCCUCAGCGGUGUCUCGCAUAAGAAGCAAGUCCUGGACCACUGCCGGUCGGCAGAAUACGUGCCCGAACUCAUUCCGGGCGGCACGAGAAAAGACGUAAAGCCUCUCACCGUGGUGCAGCCCGAGGGCGCGAGCUUCACCGUGUCUGAUGGCAACCUCAUUGAGUGGCAGAAGUGGCGGUUCCGUGUCACCUUUAACCCACGAGAAGGCGCCGUGUUGCACGAUGUUCGCUACGAUGGGCGCGACAUUUUGUACAGAUUGAGCAUCAGUGACAUGACGGUGCCGUAUGCUGACCCCAGAGCCCCUUUCCACCGCAAGCAAGCAUUCGACUUUGGCGAUGGUGGACUGGGAAACUGCGUAAACAACCUGACACUUGGAUGCGACUGUCUGGGUGUGAUCAAGUACUUUGACGGACUUCUCACCAACCCAGACGGCUCGGCCCAAGUGAGCAAGAACGUUAUUUGCCUGCACGAGCAAGAUAACGGAAUCAACUGGAAGCACACCAACUGGCGGACCGGCCGUGCGGUUGUUACCCGGCGUCGAGAGCUGGUGGUCCAGUUCAUCAUUACGCUCGCCAACUACGAGUACGUCUUUGCGUUCAAGUUUGACCAAGCCGCCGGCAUCACCCUGGAAGCCCGGGCAACCGGCAUCGUUUCGGUAGUCAACAUCGACGAAGGCAAGACGGCGCCAUGGGGCAACGUUGUCAAUCCGGGAACGCUGGCCCAGAACCACCAGCACAUUUUCUGCGCGCGCAUCGACCCGGCCAUUGAUGGACACAGCAACUCGCUUGUCCAGGAGGAGAGCGUGCCCGUGCCCGUGGACCCGGCGACGAAUCCCAACGGCAACCUGUACGAGGUGCAGUCGUCCGUCAUCAAAACGUCGGCCGGGAUUGAUCUCGACCCCUUCAAGAACCGCGUCUUCAAGGUCCAAAACUUGUCCAAGAAGAACCCGGUCAGCGGGAAACCCGUCGGAUACAAAAUCACCACCCCGCCCACACAGCUGCUGCUGGCCGCGCCCAACAGCAUCCAGUCGAACCGUGCUCUUUUCGCGAGACAUCACCUGUGGGUUACCAAAUACAAGGACGACGAGCUGUACGCCGGUGGUCGAUACACGCUACAAAGCCGGCGCGAGGUCGACGGCCUGGCCGACGCGGCUGCUCGGGGGGAUAAUGUCGACAACGAAGACAUUGUGGUAUGGAGCGUCUUUGGAUUGACGCACAAUCCCAGGGUCGAGGACUGGCCCGUCAUGCCCGUGGAGAUGCUGCAGGUGCACAUUACUCCUUCGGACUUUUUCACGGGGAACCCUGCCAUUGACGUGCCGUCAAACAAGGACAUUGGAUCGAAGCUGGCAGACGGGGAGUGCUGCAAUUCCGCGGUCAAUGGCAACGGUGUGUAG